GUGUUUGUGUAUGUGUAUUUUUUAGACAGAGAAAAAGAGUGUAACAACAAAACCAAACCAAACAAAAAUCUUGCUUAGAUUCCAAUCUUCAAAAAUGGAAAAUGAAAACCUAGGUCACGGUCGUGGGAAGGUUAUUGAUGAGCUAUUAAGAGGACGUGAGCUUGCAAAUCAACUUAGAAAUAUCCUCAAUGAAAGUGGUGGUGAUAUUGAUGAUAACAAUGGAUCAACAACACCAUUUGCUGAACAUCUUUUGAAGGAAGUGCUUACCACCUUUACCAAUUCUCUCUUGUUCUUGAACAAUACUCAAACUUCUGAGGGGUCUGAUUUGCAACUCACUAAAUCUGAAGAUUCUUUGGAGAGUAAUUGUAAGAGUAGUUCCGUUGUUAAGGAACGAAGAGGCUGUUACAAAAGAAGAAAAGUUUCACAAACAUGGGAGAAGGAAUCUGAAUAUUUAGUGGAAGAUGGUCAUCAAUGGAGAAAGUAUGGUCAAAAAACUAUCCUCAACACCAAAUUCCCAAGGAACUACUACAGGUGCACUCACAAAACUGAACAAGGAUGCAAAGCAACAAAACAAGUGCAAAAAGUUCAAGAGGAUCCACCUCUUUACAAAACAACCUACUAUGGUCAUCACACUUGUAGAAUCUUACAAAGUCCUGAGAUCAUUAUGGAUUCAUCACUUUCUCCUUCUAAUCACUCUUCCAUGUUCCUUAGUUUUGACAACUCUUUCCCAACACCAGCCAAACAAGACUGCCCUUUUCUCUCAUCACCUUCUUAUCCAUCAACAUCAUCAUCAAUAUCAUCAUUGAAAAUGGAAUGCAAGGAAGAGAUUGUUCAUCCUCCUCAUUCAUCUUCUGCUAAUGAUUAUUACCUCUCUGGGCUCACUUUUGAUGAUUCAGAAAAAGGUGUCACACUAUCAUCUACCCUUGAUUCACAUCAACUAGGUGUCAAUAUUCCUGAUAUCAUGUAUGAUGAUGUCCUUAAUUGGCCUCUUUCUUGAAAUUUGAUGAUUCACUAUGUUUUGGUGAAUGAAUUGUCCUUUGUCUUAGUGUGUUUUUCCAUUAUGGAUUUUAGUUUAGUAUGUUUGCUAGCUAGUAGGAGACAUUAGGUUCAUAUGGUUGCUAACUAGCUAGCUUGGCUUCAUUUUGUGUAAAAUAUGUUUUGUAUUUAUCUAUUUCCAAUGAAAAAGUGACAUAAUUUUAAUUAUCAACAAAAGUAAAUAUGUCAUACGUA